AUGUACUACAUUAGUCUCGCAACUCCGCGUGCCUCUGGAGGACUGAAUUCAGUCCUAGACCGGUCAUGGCUGGUCUUGGACUGCAAGGAGGACUGCACAGGACCAGGACCUGGUCUUAGUCCGGUCCUGCACAAACUUGUGCUGGUCCUUGACCGGUCAGAGUCCUGGUCCCAACAAAUCGAUAUUAUCGACCGCCUGCUUCCGCUCUGCGGCAUCACAGAGCGCGCCCUGAAAAAGGUCAAGAAAUCUCCGCCGUCGUUUUCGCACGCAGAGUAUCCAGAUCUUGCCGGGAAAUACGGCCUGCCAAUAAUAUUCAGGGCGAAAGAUCUUGCAAACUACAGUGCCCCGGAGUUCUAUGUGUAUAUUCAAGAUCACUUCCGUGGAGAAGCAACCAAAGUUCGCUUCCUUGACGCGUUUAUAGUGCCACUUCUUGCGAUCGCCCGUGGGCGUAUUAUUGAUACGCCUGAGGAGACAUUACCGGCAACACAGGAUACGUCAGGAGGGGCAGUCGAACACGAGAUUCUCGCGCUCAACGAUGGUCUGUUCUUCGUCAUCGAGGUGAAGCUGCAUCACACAGAUCUUGACAAGAAGGCUGCACAGCUGUUUUUGGAGAUGCUAUCUGCAGCUAAGCUGAAUGAAGCGCGUGGUGUGCCUGCUAUCCGGGUAUACGGUCUUAUUACAGACCUCAACGAAUUCAACUUCUAUUCGUAUGAUCCUGUCAAGCAGCUAUUUUUCCAUGAUACAGGCAUUCAUACUUCUGGUUCACGUGAACAUUUCCUGAUUCAAAUGGUUGAAGUAUCGAACAAGAUAUUUAGUAUACUGUUGGUUGGCUAUAUAGGGGUUCUUGAAGCUCUAAUAGCUCGGGAAUCGACAACAAUGGAAGACAGGAAGACCUACGAAGCAGUACUCGUCAUCGCUCACUCAGCCGAGACAAGCUUCAGCAAGCAGGGAGAAUGCCGAACUAUCGAGGCACUUGAGAGGCACAGCAUGCAGGCCUAUGAAACACUUCAAAAAAGGUCUGGCGCACAUUAA